CAUCGUUCAGCCCUCGGAGUGCGGAGCAUGCGGAGAGAUUGUUGGUGAGAGAAAUAGAGAGAGAGAGAGUCAGGAGAAACCAUGCAGUAUCUGAGGCAGCCCAGUGAGCCCAGUGACCGAGCCUGACGACCUGAUCCCCCCGGACAACCAGGGAACAGCAGUCUGGUCAACCCCUAGACCCGGACACACACAUACCUCCAACUGGAGAAAGAGAGAGAGAAAAAGAGGAAGAGAGAGAAAGAGAGGGUAGACCACCAGAUGUGUGAGAGAGAGCAGAGAGAAGGAGAUGCUCAGAGGGACCGGACAGUGACCAGGAAGGAGACCAUAGGAAGAGAGAGAAAGGAGAGCGACCACUGACAGAACGCCUGGGGUUGUAUUGAAAUCUGGAAGGUUUGUAAAGUGGAGUUUGACUUUUGGUUCUGUGGUUCAUCUGAGAGACAACAGGAGUUCUGAGAGAGAGUUCUGUGUUAAGUCCUGCCUACAGUACUGCCUCUGUGUGGAAGCACUGCGCUACACGACUGCUACAGGUGUUCUGAAGAGGUCAAAAAACUCACCAAAGAGAAGGAGCACAGAAAUAGGACAGAUAUAUAGAAAGGAAAGAAAGGUCUACAUUUAGAAAUAAAAUAAAAAAGACUUCAGAAAAGACCAGAAGAACACAGAGUAAGAGAGAGAAUAACAAGUCUAGAGACAGACGGAAACAGAUAGACAAAAAGACAGGAUGGCGAACUCGGGUUUCCAGUUGCUAGGUUACUUCCUGGCAUUGGGUGGAUGGAUAGGCAUCAUCUCCACCACUGUGCUUCCCCAGUGGAAGCAGUCUUCGUAUGCGGGUGACGCCAUCAUCACGGCCGUGGGGCUCUACGAGGGCCUGUGGAUGAGCUGUGCCUCCCAGAGUACGGGACAGGUGCAGUGUAAGGUGUUUGACUCCAUGCUGUCACUGGACGGUGAGUAGGACAUCGCAACCUGUCAUUAUCUCGCUUUCUAUCUUUAACUCAACUUCAAACUUUGUAUCUUUUCCUCUCACAUCAUUGAACAAAUCCUCUCUUUCUCUCUCUCUCAUUCCUUUUCUCCCUGUUUCUUUUUCGGCUGUUGGCAUUCUCUCAUUCUCUCUCUCUCUCUAACUGCAACAGUUUGAAUGUUUGAAUGAGAAUGUUAUUCAGAGCAGUCUUAGAUGCCUGUGUAUGGACAGUUAUGUAUCUGUCAGUGGAGUUGGUCAUUGUGAGAUGCCUUAAAGCUGUUGCCUCUCUUAUAAACAAUCUGUUUACCCAAUAUGCAACAAUGGCCAAUAACUGGGUUGAUUUAUGGAGGGUGUUUAUCUAGUAACAGCAUGAUCUUAUUAUCAAUUUAACUUAUUGUAUGAUUCAGCAACUAAAUGCAUACAUACAUGACAAAACAAUCUAACUAAUCCAUCUGUCUGGGACACAUUAAAGUCAGGGAUAAAUCAAUCAGAAAAAAAAUACUGCUGUUGACAUGUUUAAUUAAGAGAAAGAUGGAGGGAGAAGGGGGAGAAGGAGAGGGAAAUAGAGAGAGAAAGAGAGGCAGAGGGGUAAGUAGGGAAAGAGGGAGAGAAAGAGGAAGAGGGAGAGAGAGAGGGUGAGAGGGAGAGGUAGCGAAAAAGAAAUAGAAGAGAGAGAGAAAGAGUGACAGAGAGAGAGAGAGAGGGGGGGGGGGGGGGGGGGGGAGAGAGGAAUGUGGGGUUCAGGCAUAAAUUAUCCCUGAAUAUGAGGCUCCUGUCAUCUCCAACCUGUUUAGCGUAGACCUACUGACUCAUAUUUUAUGACAGGUAAUUUACAUGAAUUCACCUGUCUAUUGUUUCUACUGAUUACUACAUCAGAAUUAUUAAUAGAAGGUUGCAGGGGGAGGACAUGGUCAGAUAAUUUGUCUGUAAUUCAGGCAAACAAUGGUUGUCGCCCUUUGGAGUUUUCUGUUUUUCUUUGUGGUUGAUUAAGAAACAUGGAUGCCCAUGUUAAUCCCUGUGACGCACACCGCCCCAAAACAACAAACCGGGUAUUUGCUAAUGUUUGGUCAGUGUGCAAUUAAUUAUAUCAAAAAAAUUUUCUGUGGCUUUCUCUGCGAGGGGUGAGCUGGAUUUUGCAUCUCCUUUGGCUCAUCGGCGUAAUAAAAACAGAGUAUUGUCCCUGUGAUGAAUAGUGGUUGUUUGGAGAAGAAAAGCCCAGUGUUGAGCCAAACACCAGAGAAAUUCUCAGAAUGCGCUCUGUCUUCCCCACACACACGCAUUGUCCCUCUCCGGCCCUAACACACCCUGUGUGUGUGUGUGUGUGUGUGUGCGUGUGUGAGUGGACAAUGAGCGAGUGUGAGCAAACAGCAUCACACACUUUGUUACCAACUCUUGAUAAAUUUACCCUGUGUUUCUGCUACUUGUUGCUGUCUUGUCAAGCAAGGCAUGUUGCUGAGGGUAGGUCAGGUAACCAGGCUAAGAGAUUAUACUACAGAAUUGUACCAUUUGGCACAUACUCACUCUAUUCCACUGUCGAGUGAACUCAAAUCUCUCUCGCUGUUAUGGUAAGGUCAAGCUCAGUACUGGUCUUGGAUGCAAGGUGUUUAUGCGUGUGUGUGUGUGUGUGUGUGUGUGUGUUCGAGCGUGGGUACUGGAGUUGAACAUCUGGUGUGUGUGUGUUUGUUAGGCAGUUCCUGCAGGUGUUUUCAUUAUUAUAGUGGGCUAAAUGAACCCUUCUCCUUCACAUGAGGAACAUGUGAUGAGGACUAAUUGUUCACCAGACUGUGUUGUUGGAGUGUUGGAGUGUACCAAAGCACUGCAGUGGAAGCUGAUGGACUUUUCAGAUUCAGAUUAAUUGUCCUUAAAAAGGCAAUUCAUUUUCAACAUUAACAUAAACAUAUCGAAGCUGUUCUGGGAGACUUAUGACAAGGUCUGGACACUAGAAUGACAAAAAGAAGGACACUACUCCCUGUGCAUACAGUACAGGUCCCGAGGAAUCUUGUUCAUUCUAGUCUGAACAGUUCUUCUUCUACUUGUUGCAGUCUCUGAGGCAGAUACUGCCUGGUAUUGGUCACAACCCACCCACGCUCUCAGUUCUCUGGGCUCUACAGUGAAUGAAACCUCUGUACUGCACUAGACAGUGUACAAUACCACACCAGCACUGGUGCUAUACAGAACAUAACAGAGUCAAAAUACAAUAUAGGUAGAUUUUGGCCAACUUUAGAGAUGGAUGCCAUAUUGCUGCUUCUGAGCAUUCUGUUCAACCAUUCAUGAUGAGAUUGCUGAGCUGUUAUGGGUCAAGAUUUUCCAGGAGAUGCUAAUGGCUGCCAUGGAAUCAUGUGAUGUCAUCUCAGUGACAUCAUGCUUUUUGGAUGACAGAGUAACUGCCAAACUCUCUCUCCCUCUCUGGCUCUGUGACAUAUGAAGCAAAUACAUCCAGGUCCACCGUAUAGCUAGGUUACUGUGCUAGUGUAACGUGAGUGUUUUUGCCAGGUUUGAAGAACGGGGGAUCCCAUUGAGGUGAAGAUCAAAGAUAGUUUUCUCUUUUGACAGCUUAGUGUUAAGUACUGCAGUGAGUCCGAGCCAUAGAGCACUCUCUCCUACAGCUUUAUGAAUACACAGACUUUGGCAUGGUUGGAUAUUUAGAGUCUCAGGGUAGGAUAUUGGUAUCAAAGAUAUUUAAAGUAUUUUUUAGGAAGACGUGAACUGUUGAGGAAUGAUUGGUGGCAACAUGGAGGAUAGUUUUCUGAACUCUCUAUAGCUCUGGAUAUUACAGUGGAAUAUCUGACCCCCGGCCCACACAUGCUGAUGAAAUGGUGGAUGGUCUGACGUCCCCCCUUUCCAUCACACCAUGUCCCCAUUGCCAGUUUCCCUGCUGGCUGUUGUGAGGUCAUCAGUAGAGUUAGUAGCAGCUAUGUACUGGCACACAUUCUCUUUCACCUUCUCUCUCUCUCUCUCCCUCUCCCUCUCCCUCUCCCUCUCCCCCCUCUCUCUCUCUCUCUCCCUCUCGCUCUCUCUCUCUCUCUCUCUCUCUCUCUCUCCCCCCCCCCACCUCUCUAUAGUGAUUGAUCUCUCUCUCUCAUCUCUCUCUCUAUCGUGAUUGAGUGUGGUUUUGUUUCUUGCCAACUGUUUCUUGCCAACUGGCCGUUCGGUGCUAUAGAUGUAAAAUAUGCUUCUGAAGCUGAAGGCUCACAUGACAAUCAUCAUCCACAUAUCAGUACCCCUGAGCUUAGACCACAGUAUUCCACAAAGCAUGUGUCACACUGACAUUUACAUGAAUACAAUGAAGGUAGAGUUGUUGGAACAGUUUUCUGUUUUAGUGAAGUGGCCAAACCAAUGUUACGUAUGAAGUCACAAAUUAUCUCACAAAGGACAAUGUCCAUCGUCUACAUCCACACACACAUCCAGCUUGUGCUUGGCACUACCAGCCUUGGCACGGGGUAGAGUAUAGUGGGAGGAAUACGCACACACACACACACACACACACACACACACACACACACACACACACACACACACACACACACACACACACACACACACACACACCCUUGACUCCUCUGUUAGUCUGUUGAUCAGAGUGGUGCCCUGUAGGGCCAGCCCAAACUCCCCACACACUUUUAAAGGAAGGAAUGGAUGAAAGGGAGAAUGGAGAAAGAGAAAACAAAACCUCUUUCUCUCAUAAACCAUUACAGUUCUCCUUCAAACGGAUCCUACCACACAUCAAUCUAACUUCAAAGCUCAUCCGCCCAUAACUACCCCUUUCAGAUCAGGUUCUGAGGUGUAAUUUAUUGUCAAACUAUGAAUGCAUGAGUGUGUUUUUCCACCAUAAAUGAAGAUUAUUACUGUACUUAAGUUUGCUGGACAGACUAAUUGUUCUCCAGUUAUAUUUGAUGUAAAUUUGCUCACACUGUCAGUAUCAGUAUUACAUUCUCCUAUGUAGUUCUACUAUUCUAUUCUAUUCUAUAAUAUAUAGUAAUUUAGUCUGCUGUGUAGAUAUGUGACCAUGUGGUUCAUGCAUGUGGAUUUUGUUGUGAGAGAGAGUUGAUCUUAUGUUGAGCUGUGAAACUGGAUAAAGGCUAGAAUAGAUUUUAGAUGUUGGUGUGAGUAUCUGCAGUUGUGAGGUCUUGGUGAGACUAUUAAUGCAGUAUGAAUCUUGUACCAGUGUUUUUUUCAUAUUGUGUUAGUCUCUGUUGUCAAGGCUGCUGUGUGUGUUGCAGGCCACCAUGUUUGAUCGCGGUGGCGACAGCCCUGUGAAAACAAUCCCGCUUUGUGACAAAGCCACACUAAUCCCACUGUGUGAAACAUGUAAAACAGGCCCUCCUACAGUGUGUGUGUGUGUGACAGAAAAUUAGUGUUUAUGUUUGUGUGUAUGUGUGUAUGUCAUUUCUUCCUACAGACUGUAUCUAUAAGUUUAUGUGUUUGUGUUUGUGUGUGUGUGUAAAUAUUUUAAAUGUCCCGCCCACUGAGUUAUGUGUGCACUGAUGUCUGUGUGGGUUAUCCAUGGAAUUCUGAGCAGUGAAACCACUGUGAAGUGAUUUGGAAUGAUUAAGAGGGACAGUUAAGUCAGACUCUGGACUAAGGCUGCCAUUAUUAUCCCAUUUUGGAACAUGGAAGUGGGAAACAUAAUGAGUUCAUUAAGAGAGAGAUAGGGAGAGAGAGAAAGAUAGAGCGAAAGAGAGAGAGAGAGAGAGAGAGCAAUAGGGAGAUAGAGAGAGAGAAAGAAAGAGGUGGAUAGAAAGAGAGAGGGAGAAAAAAGAGCCAAAGAAAGGAGAAUGUGUGUCUUUGUUUGUGUCCAGUUUUGUGUUAAGAAGUUGAAUUCUGAUUUAAUCUUGAUUUACAAUGUGGUAGUUGUAGUAUAGUUUUGGUUGGUUUCUUUUCCAGUGAUGCUUUGCACAGAAAUCCCACUGAAUACCUUCUAUCCUAAUGUGGAUUAACUUUCUUCCACUCCCGUUCUGCCCCAAUUUAACCUCUGAUACUGAGAAAUCUAGAGCUUCAAUACCCCUGUGUGUAGAUAUUCAGUAUGAAAAUACCCUGUGUGUAGAUAUUCAGUAUGAAAAUACCCUGUGUGUAGAUAUUCUAUAUGAAUAUACCCUGUGUGUAGAUAUUCUAUAUGAAUAUACCCUGUGUGUAAAUAUUCUGUGUGUACCAUGUCUUCUCUCUGAUCUCCAUCUGAAGCCAAGUACAACUGCCCUAACAGACCCAUUCUGUUGUUGUCCUCUUUUGUCCCUCCUUUCUAUCAUUCCCCUCACCCUCUUUCUCCUCUUUCUCCCCAUCUGUCCUCCCUGCUAUCAUCCUACCUUCUAUAUUCUCCCUCAUUGCUCCCUUCCUUUUCACCCCCUCAUGUUUCCCCCCUCUCCUCUUUUUUCCUCUCACCCUCCAACCUCUUUCUCCACCUCUCUGCCUUCAUCUACCUUUUUUCUUCUCUCAUCUCUGUCCUCAUCUCCCCCCUCUCUCUCCACAGUGCACAUCCAGACGUGUCGUGCUCUUAUGGUGGUGUCCGUGCUGCUGGGCUUCAUAGGAAUGAUAGUGAGUGUGGUGGGGAUGAAGUGCACUAAAGUAGGCGACAACAACCCCAUCUCCAAGGGACGCAUAGCUGUGUCUGGAGGAGCCCUCUUCCUGCUCGCAGGUGAGAUUUCUGCAAGGUGACCAUCAUGUGACUGUCAUGUGAUUAAAGAAACAAACACAAUUCUGGGACAAGUAUGUGGGCACCUGCAUGAUAAGACAGAUUUCCACCUUGUAAUUAUAGUCAUGUGACCACCAUACUGUGCUGCUUGCUGAUUUAUUAACCACCUAAACUAUUUUACAACUUAAAAGGCUAUUAGAAAAUGUAUACAGGUAAAGUACCACUCUCCAAGUUUAAGGUUCAGGCACUACAGUGAGUUGUGCUCUCAAUUACAGGUAACUGCCAAAAUAAAGGAAACACCCGAGUAAAUGAGGGAUACAAAGUAUAUUGAAAGCAGGUGCUUCCACACAGGUGUGGAUCCUGAGUUAAUUAAGCAGUUAUCAGCUCAUCAUGCUUAGGGUCAUGUAUAGAAAUGCCCAGUUGCCCAUUAUUUUGGCUACCAUGGCUAGAAGAAGAGAUCUCAGUGACUUUGAAAAAGGGGUCUCAAAGGAGCAUAGGGGGUGUAGAGGGUGUGUGUGUGUGUGUGUGUGUAUCUCAGUCACCAGAUCUCAACCCAAUUGAACACUUAUGGGAGAUUCUGGAGUGGCGCCUGAGACAAUGUUUUCCACCACCAUCAACAAAACACCAAAUUAUGGAAUUUCUCGUGGAGAAUGGAGUCGCAUCCCUCCAAUAGAGUUCCAGAAACUUGUAGAAUCUAUGCCAAGGUGCAUUGAAGCUGUUCACAUUGGCGGCUCGUGGUGGUCCAAAGCCCUAUUGAAACGCUUCAUGUUGGUGUUUCCUUUAUUUUGGCAGUUACCAGUAGGUUGUUAUCUCUCUAUAUUCAAUGGUGUUUACUAUUUUACUAUUGGAGUGAAACCAGUCUUCCAGGGCUCAUUUCUUGCAUUCCUCUGGCAAAAGACUCUCACAAGGGGUCUUCUGGGUAAUUAGGGUCCCAGCUGUAAACAGGAAGUGGUGAUUUUGGACAGAUAAGCUCCCCUGACCUCAGAGACAACUAUGAGCCUCCUUGUUCAGUGUCAUAAUUCUCUCUCUCUCUCUCUCUCUCUCUCUCUCUCUCUCUCUCUCUCUCUCUCUCUCUCUCUCUCUCUCUCUCUCUCUCUCUCUCUCUCUCUCUCUCUCUCUCUCUCUCUCCCUGUCUCUGCAGGUCUGUGCACGAUGGUGUCUGUGUCCUGGUACGCCACUCAGGUGUCCUAUCAGUUCUUCAACCCAAACACGCCGAUCAAUGCCAGGUAACCCUAUCACACAGGUCACACGCUGUAUCUACCACUCAGUUAAUCUCUGUGUAAUACAGAUAUCAUGUCUAUAAUACUGUAAAGACCGAUAUUGAAGACCGAUUUUACAAUUUCCGCUGCAGGUAUGAGUUUGGGUCUGCCCUGUUCGUGGGAUGGGCGGCAGCUAGCUUGACGGUUUUGGGCGGAUCCUUCCUGUGCUGCUCCUGCUCCAAUGAGGAGAGGCGAGGGCAGCAGUACUACCGCCAAUCACAGCCAUCCACAGCCAGGGAGUACGUGUAAACCCCGCCCACCUCCAAGCAGCCACACAAACAGAGAGCAGAGGCCACGCCUUGCUCCUCCCCCUUUUCCCUUUUAUUGAUGCGUAACACUUACAAACACUUGCACGCACACACACGCACACAUUCUCCACCAAGUAUCCUUUGGAUUUUAGAAACCCUUAAGAAUUCGGAUGCUAUUUAUUCUAUAGAACUUAUUAUUGAGCGGAAACUUUUAUAUUUUAUUGCAAUACAGUGCCUUGCAAAAGUAUUCAUCCUCCUUGGCGUUUUUCCUUUUUUGUUGCAUUAAAACCUGUAAUUUAAAUUGAUUUUUAUUUGGAUUUCAUGUAAUGGACAUACACAUAAUAGUCCAAAUUGGUGAAGUGAAAUGAAAAAAAUUACUUGUUUCAAAAAAUUCAAAAAAAUUAAUAACGGAAAAGUGGUGCGUGCAUAUGUAUUCACCCCCUUUGCUAUGAAGCCCCUAAAUAAGAUCUGGUGCAACCAAUUACCUUCAGAAGUCAUAUAAUGAGUUAAAUAAAGUCCACCUGUGUGUAAUCUAAGUGUCACAUGAUCUCAGUAUAUACAGUUGAAGUCGGAAGUUUACAUACACUUAGGUUGGAGUCAUUAAAACUUGUUUUUCAACCACUCCACAAAUGUCUUAUUAACAAACUAUAGUUUUGGCAAGUUGGUUAGGACAUCUACUUUGUGCAUGACACAAGCAAUUUUUCCAACAAUUGUUUACAGACAGAUUAUUUCACUUAUAAUUCACUGUAUCACAAUUCCAGUGGGUCAGAAGUUUACAUACACUAAAUUGACUGUGCCUUUAAACAGCUUGGAAAAUUCCAAAAAAUUAUGUCAUGGCUUUAGAAGCUUCUGAUAGGCUAAUUGACAUCAUUUGAGUCAAUUGGAGGUGUACCUGUGGAUGUAUUUCAAGGCCUACCUUCAAACUCAGUGCCUCUUUGCUUGACAUCAUGGGAAAAUCAAAAGAAAUCAGCCAAAUAAAUUGUAGACCUCCACAAGUCUGGUUCAUCCUUGGGAGCAAAUUCCAAACAUUUAAAUGUCUUGGAAUGGCCUAGUCAAAGCCCAGACCUCAAUCCAAUUGAGAAUCUGUGGUAUGACUUAAAGCUUGUUGUACACCAGCGGAACCAAUCAAACUUGAAGGAGCUGGAGCAGUUUUCCCAGUGGCUAGAUGUGCCAAGCUUAUAGAGACAUACCCCAAGAGACUUGCAGCUGUAAUUGCUGCAAAAGGUGGCUCUACAAAGUAUUGACUUUGGGGGGGUGAAUAGUUAUGCACGCUCAAGUUUUCUGUUUUCUUGUCUUAUUUCUUGUUUGUUUCACAAUAAAACAUAUUUUGCAUCUUCAAAGUGGUAGGCAUGUUGUGUAAAUCAAAUGAUACAAACCCCCAAAAAAUCAAUUUUAAUUCCAGGUUGUAAGGCAACAAAAUAGGAAGAAUGCCAAGGGGGGUGAAUACCUUCGCAAGCCACUGUACAUGUCAUUGACAGGAUGGUGAUCUUGCUCAAUGAACCUUUUAAGCAUUUUAUGUGAAUAAAAUCUGUCAUCUGGCUUAAAAGACAUUAUACCAUAGCAUUGUUGAAUACUCCUUUCUGAUUGGCUUGAAGGGGAAUCUAGAGCGUGCAUUAUUUCCCUAUAACAUACGGUAUAUUUGCACAGUAGAAUUCAAUGGCUGUAGUUCAUUUUUACAUAUUUUAUUUGACCUGCUUUUGAAAGCAAAAGUCGAAUUGAAAAUGUUUUGGUAUUGUUGAAUUCGAUUUUUAUAAUAGCAAGCUAGAAUGAUGGUUUGGUUAGCUAAACUAACAAGUCUGUUUGUUUGGUUACCACAGCAACUACUGCUAUCUAGUAAACUUGCUAGCUACUUCAAUGGAUGUUGAACACAUUUCUACCAGCAAAUGAACACAUUUCUAGUGGAAAAUGUGUUAAAUUAUAGCCAUAGUAUAAAAGGGAUAAUCAACUCGGGGCUCUAUGCGUUCUCUGGUAAAUAAUGCAACUCCGUGGAAGGUCAGCUCCACUCCGCUAUCGCGUCGUUCAUUAUUUUCCAUAGAAUGCAUAGCCCCUCGUUGAUUAUCCCUUACUUAAACAUUAUUAAACGUACACUGUACGUUUGUCUUUAUAACAGACAGUAGAGGAGGCAUAGAUAAUGCCUAAAUGUAAAUUGUGGAACAAAUAUGAUCAACAAAACAAAUACAAAGAAAGUACAGUUUUGUAUUUUCUUGGCUUGGUUAGCAUGUCCUAUUCUUCCUGGUUGGAGCUGUGUGGAUGUGUGUGUUGCGUUGUGUCUUUUAACACUUCAACAUUCCAAUCGGAUGUAGUUGAUGACAUUAUAUAAAGGGCUGACCUGAAAUCAGUUCCCACAAAGUUAUUCAUCAGUUUGAAUCAGAUGUAGAGAAAAGGGUAGAAUAUGUUGUGAGCUAAUAUAAAUGUUGUUUUAACGAGAGAGGGAUGCCCAUUAUUAUAUGCCUUAACAUCAUGCUCCAUUCGUUAACACAUCCAAGUCGACACAAUACCCAUCAUCCACAUGUUAUAUACCUCAGAGACUGCAUAGGGUAAGGACCACUGGCUGACCUCUUAUAAAAACCCACUGUUAUAAAAACCCACAGAUUCAGUUAAACUCAUGGGUUUAUUAUUCUGGUGCUCUAUAGACAAACACUCAUAAAGAAAACUUUCAUUUUCAAUGGACAUUUAAGUUAUAUUUUAUACUACUCUAUUCUAUGCUACUAAAAACCAUUCUAUGUCCAUCUAGCCACCUGAAUUGAAAGUAUACAGAAAUGAUAUGCUACUGUAAAAGCCAGUUAUGAUCACAAUAGCUAAAGACAAGUAGCUAUGGUCAAUGUGAUAUCAAGUUACUUUUUGGGCAGUUCUGUUAGAUUUGUUGUAUUUAUUCUGGAAGAAAAUGUUUUAUAUUCUGAUGCUAAUAAGUAACGUAAGGCAUCUACAAUAUACUGUACUUUCAGUCAUUCACUAAGCCUCUACACAUUUCUCUGCUUCAAUCCAUAACCCAAUACUCGUGAUUCUUUAUCAUGGCUCUUCAAAAUCCAUUCAUUUGGGUGAAAGGGCUGGUUCAUCAUGCUUUCGAUAACAGAACCAUUUAACUUUUCUAAGAACCGUUCAAUGCCCUCCGUUUUCUGGUUGUUUGGCCCCUCUUCUUGGUAAAGCCUUAGUGUAUGGAGUGUUCCAUUGUACUCAGAAUGGGGGUACACAAGUCUUGAAGGACCUCCUCCACUUCUGCUAAAACCAUUAUGAGCCCGUCUUCAGGAGAUGUCCUCUAAGAGUCAUUACCAAAUGACAAACGUGACCAAACUACCUAAAAGCCCACUCCAAAGAUAAUAGAAUUAAAUAUUUGAAGAACAUUUUUCAAAACUUUAUGUGUGUACCUAAGGUAGGCCUAACUGAUGUGAAACACAUGUACUACGCUAGUUUAUUGACCAGGACUUUUAAUUAUUUAUAUUGCUUUUAUAUACAGAAUGUUUAAGCGUCUUCAAAAUAAGCAAUACAAUGUUGAACCACCACCAACAAUAUUUUCCAGAAAAGUUCUUAUUUUUAAGACCUCCACCCCAAAGUACUACUCUCUCACUGUUACUGUGUGCCUCAAGUGAAUAAGUAUAUACAGUGCAUACAGUAUUCAGACCCCUUGACUUUUUCCACAUUUUGUUACGUUACAGCCUUAUUUUAAAAUGUAUUAAAUACAAAAUGUUCCUCAUCAUUUUACACACAAUACGCCAUAAGGACAAAGUGAAAACAGGUUUUUAGACAUUUCUGCAAAUUUGUUAAAAAUAAAAUACAGAAAUACCUAAGUAGUCAGACCCUUUGCUAUGAGACUCGAAAUUGAGCUCAGGUGCAUAAUUUUUCCAUUGUUCAUCCUUGAGAUGUUUCUACAACUUGAUUGGAGUCCACCUGUGGUAAAUUCAAUUGAUUGGACAUUAUUUGGAAAGGCACACCUGUCUAUAUAAGGUCCCACAGUUGACAGUGCACGUCAGAGCAAAAACCAAGCCAUGAGUUCGAAGGAAUUGUCCGUAGAGCUCCGAGACAGGAUUGUGUCGAGGCACAGAUCUGGGGAAGGAUACCAAAAAAUGUCUGCAGCAUUGAAGGUCCCCAAGAACACUGUGGCCUCCAUCAUUCUUAAAUGGAAGAAGUUUGGAACCAUCAAGACUCUUCCUAGAGCUGGCCACCUGGCCAAACUGAGCAAUCGGGGGAGAAGGGCCUUGGUCAGGGAGGUAACCAAGAACCCGAUGGUCUAUCUGACAGAGCUCCAGAGUUCCUCUGUAGAGAUGGGAGAACCUUCCAGAAGGACAACCAUCCCUGCAGCACCCCACCAAUCAGGCCUUAUGGUAGAGUGGCCAGAUGGAAGCCACUCCUCAGUAAAAGGCACAUGACAGCCCACUUAGAGUUUGCCAAAAGGCACCUAAAGGACUCUCAGACCAUGAGAAACAACAUUCUCUGGUCUGAGGAAACCAAGAUUGAACUCUUUGGCCUGAAUGCCAAGCGUCAUGUCUGGAGGAAACCUGGCACCAUCCCUACGGUGAAGCAUGGUGGUGGCAGCAUCAUGCUGUGGGGAUGUUUUUCAGCGGCAGGGACUGGGAGAUUAUUCAGGAUCGAGGGAAAGCUGAAUGGAGCAAAGUACAGAGAGAUCCUUGAUGAAAACCUACUCUAGAGCGCACAGGACCUCAGACUGGGGUGAAUGUUCACCUUCCAACUGAACAACGACCCUAAGCACACAGCCAAGACAAUGCAGAAGUGGCUUUGGGACAAGUUUCUGAAUGUCCUUGAGUGGCCCAGCCAGAGCCAGGACUUGAACCCGAUCUCUGGAGAGACCUGAAAAUAGCUGUGCAGCAACGCUCCCCAUCCAACCUGACAUAGCUUGAGAGGAUCUGCAGAGAAGAAUGCCAAAUACAGGUGUGCCAAGCUUGUAGCGUCAUAUCCAAGAAGACUCGAGGCUGUAAUCGCUGCCAAAGGUGCUUCAACAAAGUACUGAGUAAAUGGUCUGAAUACUUAUGUAAAUGUAAUAUUUCAGUUGUGACAUUUUUAUAAAUUAGCAAACAUUUCUAAAAACCUGUUUUUGCUUUGUCAUUAUGGGGUAUUGUGUGUAGAUUGAUGAGGGGGGAAAAAACUAUUUAAUCAGUUUUAGAAUAAGGCUGUAACGUAACAAAAUGUCAAAAAAGGCAACGGGUCUGAAUACUUUCUGAAUGCACUGUAUCAACAUUAAUGUAAGAGAUACUAGCUGUCAAAUAACAAGAUUCUGGUUCCAACACAACCAAACUGGUUCCAAACAAAACAAAACAAAAACAACCAUCAUAAACCCAACAGAUUCAGACAUCAUAUCAGAUCUAUUCCAUGCCAUAGAACACAUGACAUAACAAAUGAUCUGUGUGCUGUGACUAAUGAGCUUCCACUAACCUCUCCAUCAUUAAUCCUCCAAUGCUUCAUUUAGCACCAACAAGCUUUCUCUUUCAAAAACACUGCAUGAGCACCUAGAAUCAACCAUCUUCACUCAUUAACCACAGAGCUAGCGAAAGCCUGGCUAGCAAUUCUUUUCAUUCUUCAUUACCUAGCAUGUAGCAUCAAGCACUCAUUCACUCACUAACACCAUGUAAUGAUGAAUCAGUGAGUUCUUGAUGUGUCUCUCUCUCUCCUCUCGUCUCCUCUCCUCUAAUGCUGUUCUUCUCUGCCUGUCUUCUUCUCUUCCCUAAUUCAGGGCAGAGUUGUUGAGUGAGACUAGUUUCCCUGACUGACCACCCCCUGCCUUUUUUCGAGGACUGUCCGAGUUCACUGUUUCCCCUUUCCCUGUUCCUUCCUAGAUUCCAAAUUUGGACCCUUGUCUCUCCGCUAUAGCAUAUGUCGCUCCCCAUCCCCCUCUACAUCCCUCCCCCACCAACCCCACACCCCCUUCCUAAAUGUCUGCACCUUAUCAGUCUCUGAUAUUAAGUUAUGGGUCAACAAAAUGUCCGCCACACCUUUAAGAGCUUGCCACUCCCCUUUCCCCCACCCCCUUGAGCUUGUUUGUAAAUAUGGACUCUGAAAGGAGAAGUAUGGUUAGGUGGUUAGACCCCCCCCCCCCUUUAAGACUAGAGGGGCGGCAUUACUGUAUUUCAUCCUGUGAACCCCUUUACUAGAAACUCCAUUAUGUCCUUUUAUCUUUUAUUUACUGAACUUUAACUGUAUGAGUAAGACUUGUCGUGUCAUGUUUUGUUGAUUUCUGCUUCACUGAUAUCUUAUGAUUUCUGGGUUUGUAGAAAUGUGCCUAUUGGUUUUGUUCUCUGAGAAUACAAGUGUACAUUUACUGAAACAUGUUGUUUUCUUUUAAAUUGCAGACCAAAUGUUAAAAGUUCCCCACCAGAGAAAAAGGAGGAAUACUUGUAGUUUGGGCGACUCCUUUGGCCCCACGUGUGUUAGAUUGUUGGCAAAAGGCAAGACACUGUCUAACACAAACAGACAAGACACUUUCUCUAAGAAAACAAAAGCAGACAAGACACUCUAUAGGAAACACACUCUCAGAAUGUAACAAAAUAAACUCAGAAUACACGUUUGAAGUAAUACAUCUCCAGACCAACCCUAAUGGGUAGCUAGUAUUUUAUAAUUCUUAAAGGUGCCCAUGUGUUAAAUGUUUAUUAAUGUUUUUUAGAAUCUGUUUUGUACAGAAGCGAUAUUAAAGGGUUUUACUAUAGCAGGAUUUUGUUACAGCAAUAUGCACAGGUAUUGUCCGUACUCACCUAUGACAAAGAACUGUUAUUUGGAUAAUUGAAAGAAAGUGAACCUGAAUCUGUACUACUACACAGAAGUGCCCAGGUGCAUAUACCACCACCUCCAGCCUUUCUGCUACAUAUAUGCUCUACUGCAGUGCCUUAUAACGUGUGUUUGUGUGUAUGUUUUUGACUGUUAUACACGGAUUCCGCAGUGUCACAUCCUAUAUGGAUGAUGCAUAUUGUUCACGUAUUGUAAAACAUAUCCGUGCUCGUCUUUUUCUCUUGCAUUAAAUGAACCAUUCAGACAAACUGCUACAUGCAGUUUUAUCUCGGAACAUAGAUGUUUACUGUACUGUAGCUAGUAUACCACUUAAAAAACAACAGAAAGACAAAUUCCUAAAUCGGCCCUAACUGAUGAGCGUGAAGGCACACCUUGUAAAUGCUGUGAGCCUGUUUGGAAGUAGUACAUGUAGCCCGGAUUGAGGAUAUUAUACAUGCAUUCUGUUUAGUUAAGUGCCAAUAUGAUUUAGAGUGGAUGGAAGAGAUGUUUUGUUAUUGACUAUGGAGGAUGUUCUGUACUCCACGUGCUGAAAGCACUGUCUCCUGUACAGGUCCUGCACUUAGUAUUGGCCAGUUUGCGGAAUGUAAUCAGGUCAAACGUGUUUUUCUGUUGCAUACAUUUAUUUACCAUGUAUUUUCUUUAUCUAAAACUCACUAUUAUUAUUUGACUGUAUGUAUCAUCUCAUUUAAAGUAUACUCCUGUCUGUUUCUUUUAGAAUAAAGUAAACGGAUAAAAACA